CCCCUCUCGCUCUAUUUCUUACACGCCUAUCUUUAAGUUUCUGUAUCCCCAUCUCUUGUUUAAAAAAGUGCCACCACUAACACCUGCCUCGUUGGGUCUGUCUCUUUUGAAACCAUCGUUCAGACUGUUCAUUUUAUAGCAACACAUUGAUCCAGUCAUUAAUAAAUCAAUGUAUGGAUCAUCUCCAAUUGAAAGGAAAUAAACUGGAUCUCCACCGCAGCAGUUUUACCUUGGAUUGAGCAAAGAUUUCUUCAUCUUUUCUGAAAACUAUUUGAAGAGGCAUGACUACUUACGAUCCAGAAAUCAAAGACCAAACCACAUCCUCCUUUGUCGUCUUGACUGUCUUCUUCAUCCUGUUCACCCUCGUUGCCCUCCUGGUCGUUCUGUACAUGUGGCUAAACCGCCAGACUAAUGGCCAGUACACAGUCCACCAACUGGUCCUUGGGGAGGGUGGGGCCAGGGACCGGGUGAGGGGCGGGGUCCAAGUCCUGGAGGUGUGGUUCAGGCGUCGCCUUUGGCCUCUCAGUGAGGAUGAGGAGACUGUAGGAGAGGAGGAACAGAGAGACGAAGAGGAGGAUGUAGAGAGAGUGAGUGAGGGAGGGGAAAGCGAGGGGGAGGGGAAGAAGGAGGAGGGGGAUAAGGAGGAGGGGGAUGAGAGGGAGGGCCGAGUGGACGACUCUUCGGAUGACUACUCCAGUGCGGAGGGCUGUGGCCUGACGGAGAGAGUGAAGGUCAUGGACGCGAAGAAGGAGAGGAGAGAGUGUGAGGGGAAGAGAGAGGAGAAUAUAGAGGAAAAGGGGGAUAGCAAAGGUGAUGAGGGAGCAGCGGGAGGAGAAGAAAGUGGACGGGGAGGUUUGCUGAUACACCUGCAUCAGUACUCUGGUAGUGCUAUCUGGUCUGAAGAUUAUGAGGGAGGCAAAGACAACAAUGAUGUGACUGCAUUGUGAGGAAAGGAUCAGAAAGGGGAAAGAGUUCCAUAAUACAUUUGUGUACAGUAAUAGCGCUUGACAGAACAUUGGCUACUUGUCAUCAUCACCAUCAUCAUCAUCGUCAUAAUUGUCAUAAUUGUAAACCUUACAAACCAGUGUUAUAACAAUCAAGGCAGAGAGCAACAGAGAGUGUACUAAAUCAAUCAUAUUAUCAAAGUGACUGACAAGAGCAACAAUUGCAGCUUGAAUACAUGAAGCUAUAUUAAUGUAUUUUAGAUAUAAAAUAUCAUUUUUAAACGGUUUCGGAGUUUUGGGGUUUGCACUGUUGCUAUGAGAUGAUUUGUAUUGUAAAUAUUUGUGUUCUGUAUAUUUUAUGAAUUGAAUAGCUAUUUAGAUAGGCCUGCCCAACCUUCUUCCUGGAGAUCUACUGUCCUGAAGGUUUUCAGUCCAAUCCUAAUUUAGCAUAUCUGAUUCAGCUAGUUAAG